CCCAUAUCACGAGUCAAAAACAAUGCGUUUCUCCUCUGCAAUUGUCAUCACCCUCGUUGCUGCUUUAGCCUCAUCAUCAAUCUCUGCCAUGCCCGCUGAAGCUCCUGACACGGCUGUCGCAGAUAAAUGUCCCUGGUUUUGCAAAGAGGACACAGAUUGCGGUGGCUGCAUGGCAGUACGUUAUUGUCUGCCAGGUGAGUCGUAUACUAUCUGCCUUCAGAUCAGCAUUAUGACCGUUGGCACUGACGCGCAAUUUGUUAGUAAUUUGUAGAGUUAGG